UGAUUUACUGCUUAUGAGCCUUGAAACAGUUGGCUACCUAAUAUUAACCCUACUGCUUGCAAACACCCAUAUUGCCACACAGUCUUGUUUUCAUUUGAGAGUAAAACAUCAGGCGUGGAAAGCAUUAGGCUAUAUACAAUAAGCAUAUAUGUUCAACAACGAUUUGGAGAAAACCAUCGAAAAUUAACAUUAAAUGUGUUGCCAUGGGAAACAGGUUCAGCAGGAGACGGGACGGCCCGGCUAAUGGAGCCGAGGCCCCAGCAGCAGAGGAGAAGGCUGCAGAUGAGCCAGUGGCCACCCCCCAGGCAGAGGCGGCCCCAGUGAGUCAGGAGGUCCAGGAGGCCGGGAAACCGGCAAGCCCCAUUGAGGAGCCAGUGGCGGCAGCCAUUGCCGAACCUGUAGUCGAAUCAGUACCAGAGCCAGUCGCAAAGGCGGAGCCUGAGCCCAAGCUGCCUGAGCCAGAGGCCCCAGUUGCUUCAGCCCCACUGGUAGAUCUCACCCCGGAGCCAGUGGCAAAGGUCGAGGCUGAGCUAGUGGAAGAACCUGCCCCUCCACCCCCAACCCAGCCAGAACCAGAACCCCUGGUCUCACUCAGCAAGGUUCCCGAACCUGUUCCAGAACCAGUCCCAGAGCCUGUUGCAGAACCAGAACCAGUCCCACAGCCUGUUGCAGAACCUGUUGCAGAACCAGUCCCAGAACCUGUUGCAGAACCAGAACCAGUCCCAGAGCCUGUUGCAGAACCACUCCCAGAGCCUGUCGCAGAACCAGAGCCACACCCAGAGCCUGUCGCAGAACCAGAACCACUCCCAGAGCCUGUCGCAGAGCCAGUCCUAGUGUCUGUUCCAGAGCCAGAAGCAGUUCCAGAGCUCCUCACCCAGGAGCUUCUCCCUGAGCCAGUCCUGUCAGAGCCUCUCUUCUCCUCAGACCCCUUGGUAGACCUGGCAGUCCCAGAGAUCACUCCACAGCUGCUCGAUGCUUCUCCCUCCCCAACCUCAGACCACGCCCACAGCCCAGAGCCCGCCUAUCCUGAUGUGCCCACAGAUCUCCCGGGGGAAGAGGAAUGCCUCGACAGCAUUGAGGCUGCAGUGAAUUCCGUUCCUGUCCCUGAAGAUCCUAAGGAAUCCUGGGAAUCUCUGGAGAAGCCACUUGAGCAGGAGUGUGUCGGCGGAGCUGAGAAUGUGGAGCAGCUCCUGUUUGAUAUCAACACCGACGUUGGUGACAGCGGACUCCUAAAGCACUUAGACGUGACAGGAAAUGAUCUUGUCAAUGACCUCCUGGCCAACGACAUCGGCAUCCCAGACGACAUUCCCAUCGCUGACGGCAGCCCCUCCAAUGAGCUGAUGUGAGCCAACUGAGGCGGAAGCAAAACGCAAAAAACAAACAGGAGGGGAGGAAAAGGACAAUGACGAUCAAUCUGAAGACGCUGUGAAGGAGAUCCAACAACAAUGAAACUAGUACUUUAAUGUUCGUCUUAAAAGGCUAAAGGGAAAAUAAACAACCAGCUUCUUGAGGAGACAGUGAUGUAGGCGUGUAGCACUUUCGCUAUCGGUUUAAGACAAGUUAAUACUUCUAUGUCAAUGCCUUCUAUGACUGUAGGUUAAUAAAGGGAUCUCUGGUGAAAGUAACAGCCACUGGCAGGGCAGGAGAGGGAGUGCAGAAGACCAGUCAACCUUUGAGCCAUAUAGACAUAACACUGCAUAGCAGAACACAAGUGUCCAGUUAACAAUGUAUGAAAAGACAAGAUGUUUGCCUUGGUGUGUACGCCUGAUGAAUUGUAACUACGUCUGAAUUGGCCUAUAUGCUAUGAUACUCUCGUGCUUGGACUCUCUCUUUCUCUUGUAUUCUUCUCUAACUCUGUGAAAUGGAGGAAGUGACCUUAUUCUAUUUUCUCGUUGGUGAGAAGUGGUGAGGAAUGUAAAGUUAGCGAUGUCUUGGUCGUGAAAAUAAAAUAAGAGUUGUUCCACCUCA